UAGUUCCUCAGGCUAUGCUUUUGUAGUUCAGAAUGAUCGCCUUGCAUUUUGUGUAGUUUAGUUUAACCCGAGCUAAAUAAAUAACAACAGUGGAUGUAUAAGUGAGCGCGUGUGUGUGUGCGCGCGUGUCUAUAUGUAUGUAUGCUUGCGUGCGCGUGCCAGGUCCUCCUGUUUCUCUUGAGAGCGAGUUUGGAUUUUUAACUUUGGGCUGCAGAGAAACACAUGUGUUUUUACACCAAAUACUGGUUUGAGAAGAAGAAAAGUUUAAAAAAGGGAGAAGGAAAGUGAAAAGUGACAGGUGGCUUUGAUAGACUUGCUGGACUUCUCUUAAGUUCCUUGUGCGUGAUGGAUACAGAGGUGGGUCUGCAGGAGGAAGACAUGGAGUCCUCGUGGAUGCUGCUGUCAUGGCUGGCGUCCUGCUUCAUGGUGUUUGGGGGAUCUUUGCCUUAUGUACCGCAAUACCAGGAGAUCGUAAAGAGCAGCAACACUGAAGGCUUCUCCACCAGAGUCUGUCUGGUACUGCUCGUAGCCAACAUCCUGCGCAUCUUCUUCUGGAUAGGGAAACAAUUUGAGCUGACCCUGCUGAUCCAGAGCGUUGUGAUGAUCUUCACCAUGUUUGCCAUGCUGCAUCUCUGCUGCUCUGUCCAAAACACCAACCGAGUCAGCACCAAGCAACACAGACUUUCAGACUUGGACUUUCGUUACUUCUGGAAGUGGAGCAUGUUUGAGGACUACCUGCUCUUCUGCUUCGGCUUCACCGUGUUGUGUGCAGUGGUCACCCUGCUGUUGCUGGACUCUGCUGUGUUUGUUGAGGCGCUGGGCUCCCUGGCCGUGAUGUUUGAGGCCAUGCUGGGCCUCCCGCAGCUACUGCAAAACUUCAACAACCGCUCCACGAAAGGCAUGAGUGUGAAGAUGGUUCUGCUCUGGAUGGCCGGUGAUGUCUUCAAGACCACCUACUUUCUGAUCAACGAGAGCCCGGCUCAGUUCUGGGUGUGCGGCUCGCUCCAGAUUCUAAUCGACGUGGCCAUUCUGCUCCAGGUUCUGGUUUACAGCCAAGACACACGGGUCAAACUAGGCUGAGGAUGACUGGUGCUACUGGCAGCAUAAAAAAAAACAAGGAAAGUUCAACUCGUCUUAUAUACGUUUUGUUAAAGAUAUCAUUAGGGGAGACAUUUAGCGCCAAAAACAAGGGGAACAUUUGUAUAUGGGUAUCGUAUACACCAAAAUAAUUCACCGUGACGUGCCGUUAAGCCACAGUCAUCCUUAAACUUCGAUCGAGCUGUGGUAACAAAUGACUUUGCCUUAUCAUUUUGUAAAACAAGUCAGUGUUUUUAUUACUUUAUUUAUUUACCUUCUCUGGAACAUUACUUGUACCUCGGGGUGUAGUGGUCUGAGUAAUGCGGACACUGGAGUAGUGAAACAUAACUCAUAUUGGCAGUUUGCUUACAGCCGAUCAGUGGUGCUGCCAUGGUAGUUGGAACAACCAGGAGUCCAGGAGCGCUGGAAUCUGCUGCUUGAUUGAUGAGUUCCCUACUGUACACUCUCCACUUCACUGGACCGUUCUCAUGAUACAUUAUGUGUGUGCGUAUGUCUUUGUUUGCAUAUAUGUAUGUGUGGUGUGUCUAUUAUGCCAAAAUUGAUUUUUGCCAGUGGCAUACGGGGCACCGGUAAAGUCAAGGCCACAGGAUGUAUGAGAGGUAACGGCAACUGCGCAGUCCAUCAAUCUGUGUUAUGACUCUGCUUUAUGGUUGCAGUGACAAGCUGUGUAUGUCUAGUACAUAGUAAACAACCAACACUGAAAAAAAUAGCUUUAAGCACUGUACUACAGUCAUAGUCUUUCACAGAAUAAAAAUAUUUAGCUACAAAUAUGCAGGGUUUU